GCUUGGAGGUGUUUAUUGUUCCUUCCCUUCGAAGAGAGAAAGGAGGCUAGAAAGGCGAAGCUUUAACGAUUACCGAGACGUUUACAUAGACCAUUUUCAUACGGUUUCAAUUACACAAAACAACGGCAGAGGAAGGUUGACACAGGACCCAGUGGCCAUGGCAUAUGCAUACCUUUUCAAAUACAUCAUUAUCGGAGACACAGGUGUGGGGAAAUCAUGCCUAUUAUUACAGUUCACAGACAAGCGGUUUCAGCCGGUGCACGACCUCACUAUCGGUGUGGAGUUUGGGGCGCGGAUGAUCACCAUAGAUGGUAAACAGAUCAAGCUGCAGAUCUGGGACACGGCCGGCCAAGAGUCCUUCCGCUCCAUCACCCGGUCUUACUACAGAGGGGCAGCUGGCGCCCUGCUCGUGUAUGACAUCACAAGAAGGGACACCUUCAACCACUUGACAACCUGGUUAGAGGACGCUCGCCAACAUUCCAACUCCAACAUGGUCAUCAUGCUCAUUGGGAACAAGAGUGACCUGGAGUCCAGGAGAGAGGUGAAGAAGGAGGAGGGAGAGGCCUUCGCCAGAGAGCACGGCCUUAUCUUCAUGGAGACCUCCGCCAAGACCGCAUCCAACGUAGAAGAGGCAUUCAUCAACACAGCGAAGGAGAUCUACGAGAAGAUCCAGGAGGGUGUCUUCGACAUCAACAAUGAGGCUAACGGCAUUAAGAUUGGGCCCCAGCACGCUGCCAACAACUCCACACUCUCCGGUAGCCAGGGGGGCCAACAGGCUGGCGGGGGAUGCUGCUGAACACCCUGCCCCUCUGUCUCAUAACCCCUCCCCCAACCACCCAUCCUGCCCCUCGCGUUUCUUCUGGACUGGUCGGGCUCACUAACAUUUUCUUAACCCCUCCCUACACACAGCCUUGCCACAGGAGAGUCUAAUUGUAUACUCCAUGACUGUCAGUCAAAAUAUACCAAGCAAAACACGUUAAAGUACCCCCGGUCCUGGGGAAAAAAUGCUUGUCCUGCAUCAGAGCAUUGGAGCCUGUCUGGGUUGUAGAAUGGUAGGGUUUACUGUUACUAUUGUGGCAAAACAGGCAGGAUGCUUUAGGAUAGGGUCUCAUAUCUAUCUGUACAUCAAACAGGCAGGAUGCUUUAGGAUAGGGUCUCAUAUCUAUCUUUACAUCAAACAGGCAGGAUGCUUUAGGAUAGGGACUCCUAUAUAUCUGUACAUCAAACAGGCAGGAUGCUUUAGGAUAGGGUCUCAUAUCUAUCUGUACAUCAAACAGGCAGGAUGCUUUAGGAUAGGGUCUCCUAUAUAUCUGUACAUCAAACAGGCAGGAUGCUUUAGGAUAGGGUCUCCUAUAUAUCUGUACAUCAAACAGGCAGGAUGCUUUAGGAUAUGGUCUCAUCUAUCUGUACAUCAAACAGGCAGGAUGCUUUAGGAUAGGGUCUCCUAUAUAUCUGUACAUCUGUGAGCCAGUUGUGGAUCAUGUCUUUCUUUUUGUGAUGUUUUGACUUAAAGCUGAAUUGUAUCGAACACUACAAGCUUGGUCAUCAAUUAGUAUUUUAAUUGGUUUCAUGUGGGAGAAAGAAAGCUUUGGGAACGUGUGGUGAACACAGAAGUUUGAAAUAAAAGAGAAAAAGAAACGUAGAGUUGUGUCGAGCAGCGGCCAUGUCUGAAGUGAAGAAGCUAAAAGGAGAAAAAACAGGGCUGUUUUAAUUCUGUAUUUAUCACUCACAUUCUGUAUAUAUAUAUAGUAAUCCUUUCUUGCUUUGGUGUAUGUUGACCGAGCUAGAAUUCUUAAUUUCCUGGAAAAAUCUAUACUGUACGAAUAGAGCUUGAAACUGCAACAGUAUUGCUAAAAAACCUACUUUAACACCAUUUUAAGAUUUUACUUUUAGUUUGUCCUGCCAUCUGCCAUCCCCCUCCCCUCGCUAUCUCUCUGUGCCCUAGAUCUGCUAUGACUGUGUAUAGAAACUUUGGCUCAAUAUUCUGCAUCUUAUCUAUUUUAAUGCCAAAAUGUUGUGUUUACCUGUGUUCAAUAACCACAAACCCCAGAAUUUGAUCACUUCUACUCUGGAAAGGGAUCUCAGCUGUUUGCCUUAACGAAAAGAUUGGGACAGCAGAAAAACAAUAGAAAAAUAUAAUCGGGUUGCGAAGGAAUCAUUCCACUAACUACAUAUGCAUAGUCUUAUACAUGCACAGCACAUACACAGCAAUGUUUUUUACAUUCAAACACGCGUUGCAUACAUUCAGACAUGCAUACUCUAAAUCACUGGUUCUCAAUCCUGGUCCUGUGGACCCAAAGGGGUGCACAUUUUUAUUUUUGCACUACACACCUGACUCUAAUCAUCGAAGCCUGAUGAUGAGUUGAUCAUUUGACUCAGGUGUGCAGUGCUAUGGCAAAAACAAAACUGUACACUCCUUUGGAUCACCAGGACCAGGAUUGAGAACCCCUGCUCUAAAUGUGUGUGUAUGUAUACACGUAUAUUAAGAAAGUACAUGUCUUCCUAAAUGCAUAUAUGUGUACCUACAUGCGCACACACGAUUGUCUAUUUAUACAUAAAAGUCUGCAUAUCUGCAUGCAUACGUAGAUGCAUACAUAUUUUCUCUUCAGGAUUUUGUUUUCCAAGCAGUCCGCUGUGGAGCAUCAGUGCAGAGCAGCGUUUUCCUGUAGGUGUGUGAGUGGCUGUGUAAAGCCUUGCUUUCUUUGGCAGUGCGUUCUGUUAGUAGAUAUUAUGGUGAACAUCGCGUCAGUUGUAAGAGCGGCGCGGGAAAAGCCGAACCUGGAGUGUCUGUGACCCCCCCUUGACGUUUGCUGUGUUAGCAUUUUUUUAUUUUUAAGAAAAACCAUCACAAAUAAUACAAAAUUAUAAACUGAAAUAUAAAUUUGUGGAAGAAAUGUGCAAUGUUUAAACUUACAUUUUGUAAUUUCCUUUUUAGAGUUAAUGUUUUGCAUUUUGCAUCUCCCUAUAGUACUUUUCUGAGUGUCUGUGUUGGUAUAUGAAUGAAACAAUUAUAUAUGGAUCCAUACUGUA